CCACAAAGACAAUUUUUAAUCACGGACUGGCAUCUGGAGAAUAUAAAAACCCGGCCCCUUUGAGCCAGAACUAAUAACAUACCAUUUGUCUCUUUUAAUUUCCCCUUCCUCCAGCAACAGAAUCAAACCACAUCGCGAAAAGAGAUAGCUAUUGUUGUUGACAACACCUGGAGAUUUCACCAGGAACGUUGUUGAUCCAGCUGCGAAGAAGCAUAAUCGGAUUUUAGGAACAUUCAACAAUCUAACCGGAAAGCAUAGCAAUACCGGAAUCAAAGCAUUACGUAGGGACUCUCUUAAAGGAUUUCUAUUUCUAUAUUUAGCAAAUUUUUUGGGGGUGGAAGAUUGGAGAUUGCAUUUUCUUUUUAUAAAGAGUUAGACUUACAAACUUCUCUUUCAUGCAUCUAUUUCGCGGACAAUUAUGGAUCAAGAAUGAUAUAUAUAUGUAUAUAUUUAUAUAUAUGCACAAAAAUCAACUGAUAUAUUAUAAAAAGAAGUGAAAAUGGCAAGUGAACUCAACAGCUAUUACUCGGACACGGAGGAAGAAGAAGACGAGGGUGAGGAUGUUGAAGAUGAUAGAGAGCUAUACAAUUGCAUUAACCGAGGGUCCUUCUUCAGUAAAGUCUUAUGGGAACCUCGGGGCGUGUGGGUUCAAGAAUGGAAUCGAAUGUUCCUCUUGGUGUGCGCCGCCGGACUAUUUGUUGACCCUCUCUUCUUUUACACCCUCUCCAUAAGUGAUAACUACAUGUGCCUAUUUGUGGAUGGGUGGUUUUCCACCACAGUGACAGUUCUCCGAUGCAUGACCGACGUGCUGCACUUGUGGAACAUGUGGCUACAAUUUAGGGUUUACCCACGACCACAUGUUAUGAGUGCUGGACAGCAUUCUCAGGGAAGUACACUACAUUAUCAGAAGCUUAUGACUGCCGCAGUAAGCUUGCUCAGGGCCAAGAGGGGUUUACUAUUUAAUCUCUUUGUCAUCCUUCCAAUGCCUCAGGUAGUGUUGUGGGUAAUAGUCCCAGCAUUAUUGAAGAAAGGGUUGAUAACAGAAGUGAUGACUACAUUGUUGAUAAUGUUUCUAAUCCAAUAUCUUCCAAAGAUCUAUCACUCUGUGUGCCACCUACGUCGGAUGCAAACCUUUUCUGGCUACAUUGUUGGUACUAUCUGGUGGGGGAUCGCUCUCAACAUGAUUGCAUAUUUUGUGGCCUCCCACGCGGUAGGGGCUUGUUGGUACUUGCUUGGAAUCCAAAGGACUGCUAGAUGCCUUAAAGAAGAAUGCAAAAUGACAAAUGGUUGUGGUACUAGAUUGUUGGUUUGUGAGGAGCCAAUAUAUUUUGGAACUGCAAGUUUGGUGAAGGACAAAGCUCGUUUGUUUUGGGGGGGAAAUGACCAAACAAGAUCAACUUGCCUUGGUGAGGAUGAUUCUUUUUAUGGAGCAUAUAAAUGGACUCUCCAACUUGUUACAAAUGAUAGUCGUUUGGAAAAGAUACUUCUUCCUAUCUUUUGGGGACUCAUGACUCUGAGUACUUUUGGAAAUCUGGAGAGCACAACAGAUUGGCUUGAGUUAGUUUUCAUAAUUAUUGUGCUUACUAGUGGGCUACUUCUUGUCACGAUGUUGAUUGGAAAUAUCAAGGUAUUUUUGCAUGCAACAACUUCAAAAAAACAAGCAAUGCAAUUAAAGAUGAGGAAUGUGGAAUGGUGGAUGAGGAGAAGACGCUUACCACAAGAAUUCAGGCACAGAGUGAGAAAUUAUGAGCGACAGCGCUGGGCGGCUAUGCGUGGAGUAGAUGAAUGUGAAAUGAUCCAAAACCUUCCUGAAGGUCUAAGGAGGGACAUCAAAUAUCAUCUGUGUUUGGAUUUGGUUAGACAGGUUGACUAUGGGAGUUAAUUAUCUAAAACACCCUCCUGGCCCUUUCUUGAAGAUGGUGCGCCACCAGAGUCGCUUGAACUGUUGCAAACCAUGAUGGAUAAUUGCUAUUAUCCAAUUUUGCACGGGUAAGAUAAUGGAGAUUCUGAAUUGGGUGCCAUCGGUUAUCGAUAAGGAUCGAGAAGAUCCAUAGCCAAAAAUAAUUUAUCGGUUACCGUAGGGGAUUGAGGAGAGAAGACACCACGUGCUCCAAUACCAUGUUGAAUAUUAGAAUAAUAGAUUUACUCAAGGAAUUUAUGAGUUUGCAAAAGUGUAUAAAAUAUAGAAGCUCACUAAUAUAUGAAUACUACCAUA